AUGCGCCUCAACAUCAACUUCACCAUCAUGACCACCAUCCCCCCUCCUCCCCCGCAACCCGCACCCCCGGCACUCCCCGCCCCUAGAGCCCCAGCGCCCACCUCACUCUCAGACUCGCUCUCGAAACUAGACUCGCAGAUCUCGGAAAAAGACCAGCAUCUCUCAUCGCUCCGCUUAGGGCUUACGUCGCUCCGCUCGCAGAUGAUGGAGGGGGGACUGCACUCCCAGAGCGACGAACUCUAUCAACAGCGCACAGAGCAAUACCUACAGCUCCUGGAAGCGCAUUCGCAGCACAGAGACGAAUACCUUCAUCUCAAAGACGAAUACUUAAAGCUGUUAGAAGUGUACCUAAAUCGCGAGAAGGAAUACAUGCAGCUUAAUAAGGGGUAUUUGAAGCUUGAUAAAAGGGCCUUCAAAAUUAGUAAAAAAGACGUCAAGCGUGAGAAAAAAUAUCUGAGGCUUUGUAGGAAAGACCUGCGGCUUGAGCGGAAACGGACGAUGCUCGAAUCACAGUACUCGACGAUUGACGACGGUGAUCAAAGCCUGGAAAUGAGAGUCUGGGUUUCAGAAACUAGGGGCUGGAUGCCAAGGCUCGAGCUGUGCCAAAUGUCAAACCUCCUCUACUGCGACGAAAGAAUCGCGACAUAA